AUGGCUAAAGAUAGGUUUGGUGUUAACGACGACUGGCGGGUAAUGUAGCCUUCCCUGCUUACCUUUGUGAAAGAUGCGCCUUCUAAGCAGCUUUCAAAACGGCGAUAGUGACUCCUUUAAGGCUGUCUGGGAAGGAUACUGUGUUACGGAUUCUGUUCAGCAAGCGACAGUCAGACCGCUGGAGUUUUAUCUGUCGCUUUAUUUUAUAGCAAAGAACUGGGACUUUGAUACUGAGGUAGCCCUUUACUUACUUUCACCUCUUAAAGGAAAAACGAAAGCAGCGGCUGAAUGAAUUCCGGAUUUUUUUAGAGACGAAAGGCGAACUUUUGAGUCAGAUCUCGGAAUUUCUUCCGUUUUAUGCGUUUCCCUAUGUCGUCAAUCCCAAGAAUCAUCCAGUGUACCGCGAACUUUUUGGGGCCGAGUGGGCAGCUGACCUUAAAAAGAAACUGUCAGCCUUUCUGGAGACAAUAGACGGCGAAGAGCAACCUCUUCCGAAGAUACUUUUUCUUCAAGAGCCUGAUGAUAUGCAUAAGAGCGUUCAACUGAAACAGUUGCAGGUGCUUUUGUGAUCCUGAAAUAUACUGAAGCCCGUUCUGCGUUUGCACCAGCCUAUGCUGAAAAAUCAUGCAUCCAUGUGUUUUGUGAAAUGACGAGUAAUGAGUUAUUUGACGUGUUUUUCCUUUGAGUCACUUGCGAGUUUUGUGUAAAAGAGCCUUAAAAUAGUGAAUGUAUGAUAACAAUUGCGAGUAUCAGUUUCCUCUUAUUUUCGUGUAUAAAUACUUCAUGCAGCACCACGCAAUUUGUAAGAAUAUUCCUAUGGUGGUUGAGUAAGCUAGAGAUUGUACUACGAAGGCGAUUUGUUGAAAGUUUGAGACAAAACUGAUUUGGACCGGAUCAUCCACUGGAGGCGUCUGAAUGUAUUGCUCAUAAUUAUUCGAUCACUCUGAGAUCUUCUGCUUUUCCUCAUAAAUGUACUGCGUCCUUUGCGGAAUUUCAUUUCACGCUCUUGCAGCACGUACGUUGUGUCACUUCCCCUUUGUAGACUUCAGCCGCGAGUUAAAUUAUACUUUUGUCAUAAGUGAGAGUUUAUCUCCACUUAUCUUUUUCACUUUGUAUUUAGAACAGACUGGUUGAUGCAGAGAAACGCGCAUCUCAAGCACACCAACGAUUUUCUAAAAUUCAAAAUGAUUAUCAAAGCCUUCUCGGUAUUACUACUGACUUAGUGGACACACUUGAAGCCGCUUUACGGGGAGAACAAAUCCAGGGAGACGUUUUGCAACAAAUUUGCUCUCGACUUGUCGCAACACAACGGGGUACUGCAAUCUGGCCCGCAGACAGCUAUGAUGAAAAUGGAGCUUUUAAUGGAACUUCCGCAUCUACUAAUGAAGGCGAUUUAUUUAGCUAUGGCGCCACUUUGCGCCAGUCUUUACGAUACGGAACGUCAAAUUCUCAUACCCCAAAAAUCGGGACCGGUGAAGGCAGGUUCGUAA